CCAGCGCAUCGGAUCGUCUUCUACACCAAGUCAUCGUCUCGAGCAGGUAAAAACGAACCGUUACUUUGUUCGCACUCGAUUCGUCACCUACCCUCCAACUUUAAUCCACCACCUGUCUCGACGCCGUACUUUAUUCCGACACCCCCCAUGCGAGGCGACAAGAAUCCUUCCUCUUCCGAACAUGUUUGCGGUUUCUGCUAGCUCCCCAUACGACUUUGUAUUCCCUCGGAGCAGAAAGAAGUCGACAACGAUACCCCACAGUCUACCGCAGACAGCAUCUUGAAUCCGACUUGGGUAACCCUAUACUUUUUUUAUUACAAUUUUUUUCGCGCAUCGUCGCUGGCCGGCCAAGAUGCCUGGCCUCCCAGCUUCGGUCGAUCUUGAUGAAUGCAUAUCACGUUUGUAUAAAAAGGAGCUUUUGGCCGAGUCGGUAAUCGAGGCAAUAUGCGCAAAGACGAAAGAACUACUCAUGCGAGAGAGUAAUGUCGUCCACGUGCGGGCUCCUGUCACAGUGGUCGGCGACAUCCACGGCCAAUUCUACGAUUUGAUCGAGAUAUUUAAGAUCGGCGGUUGGUGUCCGGACACGAAUUACCUCUUUCUUGGCGACUACGUGGAUCGUGGCAUGUUCAGUGUGGAGACUAUUUCCCUCCUCGUGUGCCUUAAACUUAGAUACCCUAACAGGGUUCAUCUAAUCCGCGGCAACCACGAAUCACGCGGUGUCACGCAGUCCUACGGUUUCUACACGGAAUGCUCGCGCAAGUAUGGCAACGCUAACGUCUGGCAUUACUUCACGGACAUGUUCGACUUCUUAACCCUCUCCGUCGUCAUCAACGACCAAAUAUUCUGCGUUCACGGCGGCCUAUCCCCGUCGAUUCAUUCUAUAGACCAGAUCAAGAUCAUCGACCGCUUCCGGGAGAUACCCCACGAGGGCCCAAUGGCGGAUUUAGUUUGGUCGGAUCCAGAUCCCGAGAGAGACGAAUUCUCUCUAUCGCCUCGAGGCGCAGGCUAUACCUUUGGUGCGCGCGUAGUCAAGAAGUUCCUAGCCGUCAACGGGAUGAAUCAUAUCCUACGCGCACACCAGCUCUGCCAGGAGGGCUUCCAAGUCCUCUACGACGACCACCUCAGUACGGUAUGGAGCGCGCCCAACUAUUGCUACAGAUGUGGUAACAUGGCCAGUGUGCUAGAAGUUAGUGACGUAGGAGAGCGAUUUUUUAAUGUGUUCGCAGCCGCGCCAGAAAACGACCAGCACAAGGAGAUACAGCAGGGGGCCGAGAAAACGGCCGACGGUAAUGCACUGCCCGAUUACUUCCUAUGAGGGCAUGACAGCCGAGCUGGAUUCGGAUUCAUAAGUACAUAGGAUCAUCACCACAUUAAAAGGAAAUAUCAGGAAGAUACCUGAAUCAAUGUAGCAGGGCAUAAGUAGAAGAAGUAGGAUCGAAAUACCCAGUUGUGUUUUUGUUUUGUUUUUUGCAUGCCUAUUUAAUUCAGACCUCCUUUCGUCGAAUAAAACGAGGAGAGGGAAAAGUGCUAU